AUUGGAGGGUAGUCAAGGUUUAAGGGGUGGAGCCCUGUGUCCGAGUACACCGUCGCAGCGAUGUCCACGUCGCCGGCGGAAAGAGCAGCAUGUUGAGUUCCACAUCAAUGAGCAACAGGAAUUGGCCCUGAGAUUGGCCACUCAUUGAUGUGUUAUACUGAUGCGUCUGCGUUUCUUUGCAUAGGGAACCAGUAACCCGUUCAGCUACAUAUCGGUGCAUUGGAUCUCAUCGCUCAUGCGCCUAGGGUACCGCCGACCGCUCGAGGAGGAAGAUUUAUACCUGCUUAACGAAGAGGAUGAGUCCAACGCGAUUGCCCACGUCCUCGACGGCUACAAGGACCAAGUCAGAGCCCAUCUCGCCGACUCAAACAACCCGGAACCGCAGCUUUUCAAAGUCUUGAUGCACCAUUUCGGCGCCUAUUGGAUCGCCGGUCUUGUCUUGUACGUGGUCUCGAUCGCCUGCGGGCUCCUCAGUCCGAUGUUCAUUCAGCAGGCGCUCAUCUACGUUCAGCCGGUCGAGCAGCGCACCAGUGCCGAUGACUUGUGGCUGAACUCUGGCUUGGGGAUCUCUUUCAUCCUGUUCGGCCUUCAGCUGGGGCUCACGCUGUCCGCAAAGACCGCUGAGCAGAUGUUGCGCAAGCUUAUGAUCAACGGCCGAUCGCUGCUGAUCGGCGCAGUGUAUGAGAAGAGUUUGCGCCUGUCGGCCGCUGCUGCUCAAAAACACUCUCAAGGCCAGAUCAUGACACUGAUCAACGUCGAUGCGGGGCAAGUCGCCGCCACCGUUCUUCAUGGCGUUCCUGUCGUCACGGCGCCCAUCCAGAUUAUAGUCGCGGUAGCCCUGCUGGCUUCGUCCUUGGGCGUCGCUACGGCUGCAGGCGUCGGUCUUAUGGUGUUGUUCUUCUUCCUCCAAGCUCCGCUCGUGAACGCCGCCCAGAAGUCCUUCGGCGUCGUCUUUGCCAAAGCCGAUACGCGGCUCAAGGCGGUUCGUGAAGCACUCUAUUCGAUCAAGAUUGUCAAGCUCAGAGCCAUAGAGGACUUCAUCCUGCCCAAGAUCGAGGCCAUCCGCGCUGAGCAGACGGCGGCGCUGAAAAGCUCGUACAUUGCGUUUGCCAUCUUCAUCUCUCUGGGUUUGUUCACUCCGCUUCUCCUUCCCAUCAUUACAUUUGUGGUUUACAGCGCCAUUCAUGGAAGCUUGGACCCGACAAAGGUCUUCCCAGCCCUGGUCCUCUUCCAAAUCCUCUUUUCCCCCAUGAUGAGCCUGCCCCAAGCGCUAAGUGCCGUGGCCACUGCCCGUGUCAGCUGGAAACGUAUCACCACGUUAUUGGCCGCCUCCGAGGUCGCACCUCUCACUGCGAGCCGGGCUUCCGAAGGCAAUGGCAUUGCCGUGAAGAUCAUUGAUGCAACCUUCCGGUGGGAGGAGGAGAAAGAUGAGACCAAGAAGUCCAAGAAGGAGAAGAAAAUCGCCAAGAAGGCUGCAGAGGAGGCGGCUAAGAAGGAAAAGGAAAUGGACGGCGUGAAGACUCUGGAAGUUGAAGCUGCGCCUACCGGCAUCCCCCCGCUCUUCCGUGACCUCAACGUCUCCAUCCGUCAUGGACAGCUUACCGCCGUCGUCGGGAGCGUGGGAAGCGGCAAGUCAUCUUUCCUCUCAGCAAUCAUCGGCAGGAUGACCAAACUCAAAGGCCAGGUUGAUAUCUACGGCAACGGUAAAAUCGCCUUGUGCGAGCAGCAACCCUGGAUCCAGACCGCGACCGUCUCGGAGAACAUUACGUUUGGAAAUCCGGUGGAUGCGGCGCGACUGCAGCAUGUUCUGCGAGCGUGCUCACUUGAAGAUGACAUGCGGCAGUUGUCUGCCGGUCUCGCCACCGAGAUUGGAGAAAAGGGCAUAAACCUCUCAGGUGGACAGAAGGCUCGCGUGGCACUUGCCCGGGCGAUAUACGAGGAGGACACAGAAAUCUUCCUUCUGGACGACCCGAUCAGCGCCCUCGACGCCCACGUCGGUCAAGAAAUUUUCCAGCGAUGUAUCAAGGAGGAACUCGCCGGCAAAACCCGUGUCCUCAUCACCCAUCAUCUGCACCUCAUGCCCGAGGUGGACCACAUCAUUGUGCUUCAAGAGGGACGCAUUGCUGAGGAAGGGUCAUACGCGGAACUGAUGGCCGCCAAGGGCGUGAUGGCGGAGCUGAUGAAAGAUCAUCGUGAGAACGAUAACUUGAACGAGGAGAAGAAAGACGAUGAGCUCAAGGCGGAAGUUCACGGACCCACAAGCGUUUCAGCGGCGAUAGCGGCUGCUGACGACAGUGACGACGCCGACCCUGUGGGAGCGCUUAUGGCUGUUGAGGGGCGAGCGGUUGGCGCGGUGCAGUGGGCGACGUACAAAGCCUAUAUCGAGACCGCGGGUGGUCUGAAGUAUGCGCUGUUGCUCAUGUUGUCCGUCUGUGCCUACAACGCGCUGGAAAUCAUGGCGUCCUACUGGCUUGUGUGGUGGACAGAGAACAGAUUCAGCGACUGGACGACGGCCGACUACCAGAUUGCCUACGUCGGCACUGGCGCCCUCGCCGCGGUCUUCAUCAUGCUGGUGAAUGGCAUCAUUAUGAUCGGGAACUUCAGCGUUGCAAAGCACAUUCAUCGCAAAGCCCUCGGGAAUCUCCUUCGGGCUCCACUUGGUUUCUUUGAGACUCAACCUAUCGGCCGCAUGCUAAACCGCUUCUCGAAAGACGUCGAGCAGGUCGACUUCGAGCUGUGGAACGACGUUAAUAUCACCGUCUUUUGCAUGGCUGCCAUUUUAUCCUCGCUAAUCGUCAUGGCGAUCGUAUCACCCUUUACUCUGUGCCUCUUCGUUCCGGUUUGCGUGGGCUACUGGUUCAUCCUGGGCUACUAUCGCGCAAGUUUUAGGGAGCUCAAGCGCCUGGACAGCGUGCUGCGCUCGCCACUCUACUCUCACAUCUCCGAGACCCUGACCGGCCUGACCACUAUUCGCGCAUAUCAUGCUGAGGGCAAAUUUAUCGACCGCCAGCGCGUGCUGAUGGACAAGAGCACCGCCCCGUUCUAUCUGAAACUUACAUCAGCCAUCUGGAUCAGUCUCCGGCUGGAACUCUCGACGAGUUUGAUUGUGCUCCUUCUCGCCUUAUUGGGCACUUACGGCGCUAUCAGCACCUCACUUCUCGGCCUUGCCUUCUCGUACGCCAUACCCCUCACGAUGACCAUCAACAUGGUGCUGACCUCCUUCGCCGACCUCGAGUCCGACAUGAACUCGAUAGAGCGGCUGGCUGAGUACGCACAAGAUUUGCCUCAAGAGCCGCCGGCGAUCAUGCCCAAGGACCCGGAUGCCGCGGAAUGGCCGACCGUCGGUGCUAUCGCCUUCAAGAACUUAGAGCUCCGGUACCCAUCCCGGCCAGACCACGCCGUUCUCCGCGACCUGUCGCUGACAAUCAAGCCCGGAGAAAAGAUUGGAAUCAUUGGUCGCACCGGUUCUGGAAAGUCGACGCUUCUUACGGCUCUCUUUCGGCUAGUAGAGCCUUCCAAAGGCUCCAUUGUGAUUGACGGCCGUGACAUAGCUGAUCUGGGCCUGCGGACCCUGCGCAAGGGUAUCCAGAUCAUCCCACAAGAGCCCGUGCUCUUCCAAGGCACAAUCCGCAGUAAUCUGGACCUCGAGGAUAAGUGCGCGGACGACCAAGUCUGGGACACAUUGGAGCGGAUUGGCCUCAAAGAGUACGUGGCAGGUUUGCCGGCCAAGCUCGAAGCUCCCGUUGCCGUCAACGGCGAGAACCUCAGCCAAGGUCAGGCGCAGCUCAUGUCGCUUGGCCGGGCCAUCCUGACCAAGCCGAAGAUUUUGGUUAUGGAUGAAGCUACGGCAAGCGUCGACGCCGCCGCAGAUUUACUUAUCCAGACCUCGAUGAAGACGCACUUUUCUGAGGCGACCGUGCUCUCCAUUGCCCAUCGGCUCAACACUAUCAUCGACUUUGACCGCGUUCUCGUCCUCGACAACGGGUCCAUGCGUGAGUUCGACACCCCGCACGCCUUGCUCAACAACCCAACUUCGCUGUUCUCAAAGCUCGCGGACGCAACGGGAUCCGCCAAUGCGACCCAUUUGCGUGCCGUGGCGGCCGAGGCGGAACGAGCUCGCGCGGGACGUGCAUGAUGUGAGACUAGUGGGGUGAUUGUCUUUUGAGUGAUUUCAGUUUUUAUACAUAGGUAGAGUGGGGCACACGGCGUAUAUAUACGAUUAUAGAAAGUAGAAACAUAAAUCGACCUUUGGGAAGACGAUUGGUGGCGGGUGGCCGGUCGGUGGCCGAAUCGACGGGCCACAAUAAAGCACAAAGCACAUCCGACAUCGUUCAAGCUUGACCCAGAGCCUGGACGAUCCACAGGGGGAGGAGCCCUAGAUAACCAGGCUGCCUAGUCAUUGCAGCGCUGCUACCCGAUUCCAGCAGCUCCUUCACGCGCAGCUCCAUUGCCAGAGCCCCACCUAUAUGUGCGACUUGUGAGUUCCCAUUCGGUGACUCUCCAUGUUUCGACUUUGUAUUACACCCAUCAAUCCUCAAUUCAGAUGCACUUUUUUGUCAGUCUUUUCG